AUGGGCCCACCCGGCCAGCCCACUCUCCAGCCGGACCAGCCCCCACCGUCCAUCGACCCAGAUCUGCUGUCACCCCUGCAACAAGCUCCUGCCGCCGCCCCGAGGUUCUCCAUGCGCGUCGCCUCGAAGCAGGCCUACAUCUGCCGCGACUGCGGUUACAUAUACAAUGAUAGAACACCCUUUGAGAAGCUUCCAGAUAAGUAUUUCUGCCCUGUCUGCGGGGCUCCCAAACGGAGAUUCAGGCCAUAUGAACCUUCAGUUGCCAAGGAUGCAAAUGACACAGAUGCCCGUAAAGCCAGGAAGGCUCAGAUGAAAAGAGAUGAAGCCAUUGGGAAAGCGUUACCUGUUGCCAUAGUGCUUGGAGUUGUAGGGCUAGCUGGCUUGUAUUUCUACCUCAACAAUGCCUACUAGUGUGAGCAAGGAGCAUCAUGAGGCUCCUCUUUUCUUCAUUCUGAAACUGGUCGAGUCAAUAUUAGUAUUCAUAAUGUACUGUCAUCUGUAACAACAGAAUAAGUUAAUGUACUUAUGUUUCCAAUUUCAAGUUGUGAGGUUUCUGUUAAA